AUGUCAUGGCGAUGUCUAAAUAACGCAAGGAAAUAAGAGAAAUACGAAACAGAUAAACGCAGAUUAAACCGUCUCGUGAUUAUUGUCACACCUGUUUUGUGCACGUAUUGCAGACGAUUUUAUGGGAGAUAUUGGAGUGACCGUUUGAAAUUCGCAUCCGUACAGUCGAAGAGCACCAAUUGAACGCAAUUUUACGUAAGAAAAAUUAGUAUUUUUUUGGUUUGGUGCGAGGGAAAGAUGCCCCGAGGAAGUUCUAAACCACAAUUGGAAUUGUAUACACCUGGAAGUGGACCGCUGAGAAAGUCCUAUCAAAGGUCUAAUAAUGAGUUGGAGAAUGAGCCUGUAAAGAAGAACUUAGCUGAGAGUCGUUUGGAGAAGUUCAGGAAUCAGGAUGAUUGCAUGAAUAGGAUAGAUCUGGACAACACUACAUCAAAAAUGUCCGAUCUUAGUAUGAGAGAUGGUAGAAGGACAAGGAAACCUGAGCAGUCGUACUACGAAGCGUCUGCUGUUGCUCGGUCCAGGGGAAUGUCUGAGCAGAAAUCUCAAAGACAAGUUGAUAGCAAAAAUGAGAGGAACAUGAAUGGUAGUGGAGGAGGUAACGAACACAUAGGAGGGAAUCGUAAUAGGAAGAUGCCGAAUCGAAGACGCAACAAUAAUAAUAAUCAAGCUGAAUGGCGAGGGAAUUCCCCGAAUAGAGGAUUACGGCAAGGAUCGGAACCGAGAGGUUCUCAUCAAUCCAAUACAGGAGGAUGGGACAGGACUAGGGACACCAGAAGCGUCGAGCCGCAAACAAUAAAUUCGAACCGUAAUUUUGGCAACGAAAAGUCACAUAUGAAACCUCCUAGUGGGCGGCGGCACAGCACCGUGGGCGUGGAACCGGACAAGAGGAAUUUACCUCCGCGCUUCCAGAAGAAACUAAUGGACGAGAACAUGUCUCAUUAUAAAACGGUGGUGGAUGAUUCUUGGGAUGGAUCCAGUAUCACGUUUCAGGGUAGCGCGCCCAGAAGUUUUCAGAAGUGCUACAACCACAACUCCAAUCAGCACGUCACCAUGAACAACAUGACGUACAAUACGCUGCCGAAUAGCCGGCACAAAGGUCGCGGCAGACUCCAGCAGGAAUAUGACCACUCGCACGGGAUAUACAGAUCGCAAACGCCUGAUCGAAUAUACAUAAACAGUCCGAGCAAUUCGCGUCCAUCGACGCCCACCUUUUCCAACCGCACCAGAAGCAACGAAAGCUUGAACUCGCGAUCUCAGACUCCCGUCAAUAUGCAUAGAAUCAGCGAGAGGUUCGAGAGGACACCUCAACUGCAGCGGGUCUUCAACGAAAGUCUAGAAGCUCAACUAUCGCCGAUUUCUCCACCCAGUCCCGUGUCGAUUAGGAUUAACGUAGACAUUAACACGAACACUAUUCUCGAUUGGAGUGAAGAAGUCGAGAUGCAUGCCAGUAUGGAAGCAGAAGCCCUCAGUGAUGCUUUGACCAGAAGUUCUUCGGUCACUAGUUUAAUGGAUAACGGGAAUAAAUCGCCGAACAGUAAAUCCAGAAAUAAAAAGAAAAGGAAUAGAAGACAUCAUAGAAGCGGCAGUCGAAACAGAGAUAAAAGUGCGGAGGGUUACUGUCGAAAGCAAAAUCAAAGCACGGAUGCAAAUUUCAAGGUACCGGAAGUGAGAAGACCUCGUCAAAAUUCCAAGGAGUUACGUUCUCGAAACGGAAGCAGAGAACCUAGUUUUGAGAGAAUCAAGAAACCCGGUUCCGUUGAGCAUCAGGAUGGAGGUCCAAAUUGGCGCGAAGAGAUGCCUAGGUCGAGAGUCGUCGGCGAAGAAGUACGUAAGGGUGGAAUCAUACAUUUACCACCAUCUAGCAGCUUCAUCGAAAGCCCCAAGCUCCCGGAGCGGCCUCAACUUCCAGACAUGGGACAGAAGCGAUCCACGCCUACCAGCGUGCAGCAGCGAAGCCUCUUCGAUCCCAACAACCCUAACAGACCAAUAAUCGUCAAUAAACCCAGUUCACGUGUCAGCUGUGUACCCGAGAUUGCAGAUGUCUCUCCGCAGCAGCAACAGCAGCAGCACACCGACCAGCAUGGAAAACCGAACUGGCACAACGAACGGUCGGACGGUUGGAAGAUGUGCAAAUAUCCGAUGCUGCUCAAGGACAUCAAAUUUGCCGACUACGAUAUGCAGGUGGUCAUUAAUUCCGGUUCGAUAAUGCUGAUGUGGGAAAACAUAAAACCGCUUCGCGACUUCCUCAAAGAAAGCCUGGAAUAUUUGCUAUGCUACGACCUGAAAUUUUGCCAAAGCGAGAACGUCGAGAACUAUUUCUGGCGUGUGCUCUACCACAACAUAAUCGAGAUCACAAGAAAAAACAUGCAGGAGAAUCGGGAACAAUACAAAUCUUUCCUGCUCAAUCUCAUAGACGAAGGCUGUUCUUAUUAUGAGAGUUUGUUGGAGAAACUGGAGAAGACAAAUAACUUUAAAUUAUCGAACCACGUCGGUCCGAACAGCCAUCAGAAGGCCGCGAAGAACGUGCAGCUCGCUUUAAUCGGCGCACAGAAGAUACUGAUUUUCUUAGGGGAUUUGGGUAGGUAUAGGGAACAGGUCAACGAAACCUCGAAUUACGGAAAGUGCAGACAGUUGUACAUCAAAGCCAACGAUAUCAAUCCGAAGAAUGGAAGGCCUUAUAAUCAAUUAGCCGUCUUGGCGGUAUAUUCGAGGAAAAAAUUGGACGCUGUGUACUUUUACAUGAGGAGUCUGAUGUCCACGAAUCCAGUCCAAUCUGCAAGGGAGAGUCUAAUCUCGCUGUUCGAUGAGAACCGGAAGAAGUAUCUUCAUCAAAUAUACUACGAGCACGGUGAGCGCAAGAGGCGCGAGGAACGUCAGGAAAGGGCGAGACAACACAUGAAGGAGAAGGAAUCGCAGGAGCCGGCGGGUCGAGCCGGAUCCUUGCGUAAGGAAACCUGGAUUCGACCGGACGGUGGUCGCAGGGUUUACAGGACAACUUCCACUUUGCACGACAGCAAAUCCAUCGACUCGGAAGAGGAAGAUCUAGCCUCGCUCUCAAGCGUCGAGGUGAACAAACGUUUCGUCACGAGUUACCUUCACGUCCAAGGAAAAUUAAUUACAAAAGUUGGGAUGGAAACGUUCCACGAGACCGCCAUGCAGAUGCUGAAGGAGUUCAGGGCUCUUCUGCAGCACUCGCCGUUACCUCUACCAUCAACCCGAUUCCUCCAGCUGAUGGCCCUAAACAUGUUCGCCAUCGAAAGCACCCAGCUCAAAGAUCCUCAAUUGCAGUCCGGCUACACAUCGGAACUGCAGGAAAGGGCGCUCGUCGUGUCCCUGCAAAUGUUCAGUCUGAUAUUGGAGAAGUGCGUUUCACUCCUCAAAGAUUGCGUCCAUAGUUCUCCUGCUAUUAUGAGCGUGAUCCCGCAGGACGUGCACGAGCUUCUGCCCUCCAUCAAGAUAUGGUGCGACUGGAUGCUCUGUCACAGCAGGAUCUGGAAUCCGCCGCCGUCCACGCAGGACUUCAGAGUCGGGCCGACCGGCGACGAUGCCUGGACGAGAUUAGCGGCUCUCAUAAAUCAAUUAGAUAAAUUCGACAUCAGUAUUCAGGCGUCGUUCUUGCGCGAGCCCCAGGAAGGUUACGAUCAGGUGAGGCUGCCCGAGGAUGCAGCGCUAUGCGGCUUCACUCCGCUCCUCUGCAACGAGCAGGACCCGACCUACGUGCCAAAGGACCUCGACUCGGAGACAGCGCAGUUCGUACAGAGACUGGACAAAUUGCUGUUCUUUGGCACCGUGUUUCUAUGCGGAUUGGAGCCGCCGGUCCUGAAGCUCGAGUACCAGAACGACUUCAGGGAAUACGUGUCGGUGGUAUGCACGACGGCGCAGCGCAGUUCGCCGAACACGCCGCCCGAAUUGGGCGAGCUGGUGGAGAGUUUCAGCGAGGAAGAGGAGGAUGGCGCCGAGCCGCGCCUUCAAGACAAACACUGCGUUCAACCGACCGAGAUCCAGGAAUUGUUGACCCGAAAAGUCGAGCUGGAGAAGCGACACCGUGACCAAGAACUACACCGUCAGACCGUCCAGAAAAUCCUGCAGUCGGGCGCGAUCAGCGUUCACAUCGUCGUGAAGCCCAAAAACCUUGUGCCUGACACCAACUGUUUCAUCGAUUAUUUAGGAAUGCUGAAGAAAAUCGCCUCGUCCAACGUGUACACGCUCACGGUCCCGGUAGUUGUGUUAAAUGAAUUGGAAGGUUUAGCGAAGGGUCUGCGGACGGUCGGCUGCUCGCCCAGGAGCGUCGACCCAACGCACGCCGCUAAAGUCGCCGAAUUCUCCAAGCAAGCACUUGAGUUCCUAUCCACGAAGCAUGCGGGAGUCAAGUGCAUCACAACCAAGGGAACGUUCCUAGCGUCGACGGUCUUUACGAAGGAAGACGACACUGUCGUCGAUGCCGCAAUGACCAAUGACGAUAGGAUACUUGCCACAUGCAUGACCCUUUGCAGAGGCACAGUGGAGCACGUACCUGGUGGACCUAGGAAGUUACACAGAGAGGUCGUCCUGCUGACCGAAGAUCGCAACUUGCGGGUGAAAGCUCUGGCGCGCGACGUUCCCGUGCAGGAGGUGCCCAAAUUCCUGGAAUGGGCAGGCCUUGGUUGAGCCGUCCCCAAAAAUACUUCGCUUAAACAAAAAAAAAACAACAACAACUAUUCGAGUGCAUCGGCCCUUGGACCUCACCACCACUGAAUUACGGUUUCAUUUAUAGGUCUUAAAUGUGUGUCUCCGCAAAUGUUAAAAAUCAAACAAACAAAACGGAAGGAUCCACCUUCUGACAUCUCCUCCCAACUCUCUCCCAUAUGCAAAACAAAAUUUUUUGUUGUAGUCAAAUCAAUGUUGAAACGAAAAAGAAAAGAAAAAUACGUAUGGUAAAAUGGUGUUGUCGCAUUUCGAUGUUGUACACACAGCAAAGUCUGCGUGCACGUAGGACGGUCGUUUCCAUGUGGGUUUUCUGCACACAUAUUCUUCAGUGUCAACUCUCCUGCCUGAUUAUUAUUUCAACUCUCUCGGUUGUGAAUCUGCAUUCCAGCAAAUGACAACAACGUCCGUUCAAGCAGCAUCUCGAAAUAAUCUUACCUAACAACACGCCAUCUCUACACUACAUUUUAUAUCCUGGCAACAACAACAACAAAAACAACAAAAUUCGAAAGAAAAAUCAGAGAAUCUUAACAACUAAUUACUAUUAUUCGUUUAUUAUAUUUUUUACUUAAUUUUACGCUGCAUAACGUUCGUGUAUGCAUUAUAUAUAUAUAUUAUAUAUAAAUAUUAUUAUGAAACUCCUCU